AUGCUUGAAGAUUUCUAUCAUGUUCUCGUGACAGAUAAAUACAGACACAAACGACCGCUAUUUCCUAUGGGUUGCGUUUCUCUGGAGACCCCGGCCUGCGCCAUCCAGCCUCUCUGCCAUGUGCCGGUGUGGCCUUCAGCACAAGGCCCCGAGGCGCAGUGGCCGAUGUUGCUUCAGGUCUCCAUCCUGGACAGACAGGCAUGGAAACAGUGCGAAGGUGAUGCUGGGAACAGUACAACCUCAUUCAAAGAACACAGACUGCUGAGAGCGGAGGAUUCAUUCAGUUGUUCGGGCUUUGAAGGAAAAGAUAAUUUCCAUUUGGUUAGUCUGUUGCUGAUCGGGAUUGCUGCUUGGGGCAUCGGCUUCGGGCUGAUUUCCAGUCUCCGAGUGGUGGGCGUGGUCAUCGCAGUGGGUAUCUUCCUGUUCCUGAUCGCGCUGGUGGGGCUGAUCGGUGCUGUGAAACACCAUCAAGUGUUGCUGUUCUUCUAUAUGAUUAUUCUCUUACUUGUAUUUAUUGUUCAGUUUUCUGUGUCUUGUGCUUGCUUAGCCCUCAAUCAGGAGCAACAGAGUCAGCUUCUGGAGGUUGGUUGGAACAACACGGCAGGUGCUCGAAAUGACAUCCAGAGAAAUUUAGAUUGCUGUGGAUUCCGAAGUUUUAACCCAAAUGACACCUGCCUGGCUAGCUGUGUGAAAGAUGGCCAUCUGUGCCCACCGUGUGCUCCGAUAAUAGGACGAUAUGCUGGAGAGGUUUUGAGAUUUGUCGGUGGCAUCGGCCUCUUCUUCAGUUUCACAGAGAUCCUGGGUGUUUGGCUGACCUACAGGUACAGGAACCAGAAAGACCCUCGUGCUAACCCUAGUGCAUUCCUUUGAUGAACAAACAAGAAGAAUCCUUCACGUCCGGAUUUGGUCCAUCUUCUCUAGUUUUAAGUUAAGCUAAUUUGCCCAUUUAAUCAAGGAAACAGUGUCUGAAAAAUUGCAUUAUCAACAGUGGAAAUAUAUAUUUUUAUUCUUAUUUUUCUCUAAAUGUUUUUCUUCCAUGGCUGAAAGAAAAAGGAAACCCAAGGUGUCUUCUGACCCUCAGUGGUACCUGUAACCUACUGUACUCACAGUGUUCGGCACUGUCCACUGUGGCCUUCCUUAGCAUUUUUCUCUGCAGAAAUCCUUUGUAUGACACUACUGUGUUGGCCAUAUUGUGAAACUACAUAUACAUUUCACUGGAAUAAUUGUGUGUAGCACUGUACUGUGUAGAUAGUUCCCACUGGAAAGAGUUAAUGUCUGUCCCUAAGGACAAGACAGUAAGAGCUUCUAUAAUGUUAAAUUCAGUAAGGGAAAUCUAAACUCCCAAUAUUUUUUGUCUUUUAGGAAAGAUGUGUUGUGGUGAAAAGUGUUAAUAUGAAAGUGAUAAUUUAGUUCUAGUAGCCUUUCAUGAUUACACCAAUGUAUUGUAGAAAUAGCUAUGUGUUUAGGAGAUUGUGGUUUUGUCUUUGACUUUCACAGGUAAGUGCAAAGGAGAAGUGAUCUCAUGAAGUGUUCUAAUGUAUAAGCAUUUAUCUUCAGCUUUCAAAAUGGAAUGACUUUCAGAAAGUAUAUAUAAUCUCGAUAGUCUUUUUUAAUAAUUUGAACUCCAAAAGACAGCAUUUUAAAACAAUUUACUAUUCAUGUGUUGGCCCAUGUAACAAGAAGAUAUUUGAUGGUCUUAAAAAUUGUUAAAUAACUUUUUCAUGAAAUUUCUCUGUAUUGUAACAACAACUUGUCAAAUUCAAGCAUAUUUGACUGUGAUAACCCCCAUAAUUUGAAAUUGAAAUCACGUUGUGGUUCUGUAUAUUAAGUUAAAAAAAUUAAAAGUGGAAACCUUUCUUUGUGCAUCCAUGUUUGAAUUAAAAGAAGGUAAUGGAAGAAUUGA